GAAUCUACCUGGCGAGAAAUUAACAAUCGCAAUUUGGCAGUUGGCAAGUACACUCGUGCGCUUUCUCCUUAGCAUUUUCCGUGUUGCAUCUUGCUGAAAAGACUUCAUUCUUAUCGCUAUCAUUAACAGUGAACUGCGUUUUGGAUUUCAUUGCUGAAUUGUGUGAAAUUGAAGAAUUUUUCUCGAGUGACAAAAUGAUUUCCGGCCCAGUGCUCUAUUACCAAAUUUUUUUCUUCAUGAUUUGUGAAUUCAUUGCCAUAAAGAUGAAGAAGUACCGACAUGGACCAAACGUUGCAUUCUCAAACAUCUUCUCAAUACUGACCAAGAAAGUGACAAAGAUUUUUCAACUUCUCGAUUAUUAUCACAACAUUAUUCUCCUGUGGAUGAUCACUAAUCAAGUUGCUAUAACUGUAAUAACCAUUGCACCAGCAAUGUUUUCCUUUAAAGAUGGAGUUUGGCUACCUUUGUACCUUAUGAACACAAUUGUUCUAUCGCACAGGUUCUUGACAUGGCUACUCACCUGGUACAUGCUUUUGUCACUGCAUCACGUUAUUCAGAAUUACAUCACUAUGAAGGAAUUGACACGCCGCGCCAAUCAGCGCACUAACCCUCCCACAGCUCCCGCUCAGCAGGACAUUGACGGCUAAUUAAACUAUAUGACCAAAGAAGUCAACCCAUAAAAAUUAUCAAUCAUAAAAUAAAUAUAUAUGUAACCAAGACAAAUCCCAAUUUUCGCAGAAAAUGUGAAAUAAAAAAAAAGUAUCCAAAUCAUGUAUUAAUCAGACCAUUGUCGUUAAUACAUGAUGACUUGAUGUAAUUUUGGAAUCGUCACAUAUGGCGAAAACCAAUAAAUAAAUAA